GUACCUCAUUGUCGCAGGACUCUCCAAACCCCAACUUUCCAAAUUACAACCGCUUUGCUCCAAGUUGUCAUCAAUCUUAAGAAAUAAAGGCAUACACAUCUAGGAUGGCAUGAGGUUGUCUUAACCCCAACCCCAAGAUGAUGAAAAAGAGCAUGACUGAGGACGAGAAAUUCCUUUACACGGACAAAGACUUCAUUAACAGCCCUGUCGCCCAGGCUGAUUGGGCGUCCAGGAAGCUGGUAUGGGUCCCCUCCGAGAAACAUGGUUUUGAGUCGGCUUGCAUCAAAGAGGAACAUGGGGAUGAGGUGCUGGUGGAGCUGGUGGACAACGGGAAGAAAAUCAGAGUCAACAAGGACGAUAUCCAGAAGAUGAACCCGCCUAAGUUCAGCAAGGUGGAGGAUAUGGCAGAGCUCACCUGCCUGAACGAAGCUUCAGUUCUCCACAACCUGAGGGAGAGAUACUACUCGGGACUCAUCUAUACAUACUCUGGGCUGUUUUGUGUGGUGGUGAAUCCCUAUAAAAUGCUUCCAAUCUACUCUGAGAAGAUCAUUGAAAUGUACAAAGGCAAAAAGCGGCAUGAGGUCCCUCCACAUAUCUACUCCAUCACGGAUAAUGCCUACAGGAACAUGAUGCAAGAUCGAGAGGACCAGUCUAUUCUUUGCACUGGUGAAUCUGGUGCUGGCAAGACAGAAAACACCAAGAAAGUCAUACAGUAUCUGGCAUUAGUGGCCUCGUCCCAUAAAGGCAAGAAAGACACAAGUGCUGGUGAGCUGGAAAAGCAACUGUUGCAGGCCAAUCCUAUUCUAGAGGCUUUUGGGAAUGCCAAGACCAUCAAGAAUGACAACUCAUCCCGAUUCGGCAAAUUCAUCCGUAUUAACUUUGAUGUCACAGGCUUCAUAGUUGGAGCCAAUGUAGAGACCUAUCUGUUGGAGAAAUCUCGCUGUAUCAGACAAGCCAAAACAGAAAGAGCCUUCCACAUCUUCUACUAUAUGGUAGCUGGAACAAAAGACAAAUUACGUGAGGAGCUUCUGCUUGAAAACUUCAGCAAUUACCGAUUCCUCUCGGCAGGCCAUGUCCAGAUUCCAGGCAAUAAGGAUGAUGAGAUGUAUGAUGAAACCAUGGAGGCCAUGAAUAUCAUGGGCUUCACUGUAGAGGAAAGAUCAGAUGUCCUCAAAGUGGUCUCAACUGUGCUGCAGCUGGGCAACAUUGAGUUCAAGAAAGAGAGGAACCAGGAACAAGCUACCAUGCCAGACAAUACAGCUGCCCAGAAAGUUUGCCACCUCCAAGGCAUUAAUGUUACAGACUUCACAAGAGCCAUUCUGACGCCUCGUAUUAAAGUGGGCCGUGAGGUUGUGCAGAAGGCCCAAACCAAAGAACAGGCUGAUUUUGCUGUUGAAGCCUUAGCUAAAGCCAUGUAUGAACGUUUGUUCCGUUGGAUACUUCAAAGGGUUAAUAAGGCUCUGGACAAGACGAAACGUCAGGGUGCCUCUUUCCUGGGGAUCUUGGACAUUGCUGGCUUUGAGAUCUUUGAGGACAAUUCCUUUGAGCAGCUCUGCAUCAACUACACAAAUGAGAAGCUUCAGCAACUAUUCAACCACACCAUGUUCAUCCUGGAGCAGGAGGAGUACCAACGUGAAGGCAUUGAAUGGAACUUCAUUGACUUUGGUCUGGAUCUGCAACCUUGCAUCGAGCUAAUUGAAAAACCAAACAAUCCUCCAGGCAUCCUGGCUCUGUUGGACGAAGAAUGUUGGUUUCCAAAGGCAACAGAUGUCUCCUUCGUGGAGAAACUUUGCAACACUCAUGUUAAUCAUGCUAAGUUUGCUAAACCUAAGCAACUUAAGGACAAGACUGAGUUCUCUGUGCUUCACUAUGCUGGAAGGGUGGAAUACAAUGCAACAGCAUGGCUGACCAAGAACAUGGACCCUCUAAAUGACAAUGUAACAGCAUUGCUGAAUAAUUCCUCCAAUCCAUUUGUGCAAGAUCUUUGGAAGGAGGUUGACCGUGUAGUUGGAUUGGAAACCAUUGCCAAGAUGUCAAACAGCUUUGCGCCAAGUGCCUCUAAGACCAAGAAGGGCAUGUUCCGUACCGUGGGUCAGCUUUACAAAGAGUCUCUGACUAAGCUAAUGACCACACUGCACAACACACAGCCAAACUUUGUUCGUUGCAUUAUCCCCAACCACGAGAAAAAGGCAGGAAAGCUGGAUGCCUACCUGGUGCUUGAACAGUUGAGAUGUAAUGGUGUGCUGGAGGGUAUUCGUAUCUGCCGCCAAGGAUUCCCCAACAGAAUUGUCUUCCAGGAGUUCCGCCAGCGAUAUGAGAUCUUGGCAGCAAAUGCUAUUCCAAAAGGCUUCAUGGAUGGAAAGCAGGCCUGCUGUCUGAUGAUCAAGCAGCUGGACCUGGACCCAAACCUGUACCGUAUUGGUCAGAGCAAAAUCUUCUUCCGCACAGGAGUCCUGGCCCAGCUUGAGGAGGAGCGUGACCUGAAGAUCACUGUCAUUAUCAUUGCCUUCCAAGCACAGGCCAGAGGAUUCCUAGCUAGAAAGGCCUUUGUCAAGAGGCAACAACAGCUGACAGCUAUGAAGGUGAUCCAGAGGAACUGUGCUGCUUAUCUGAAACUCAGGAACUGGCAGUGGUGGAGACUCUUCACCAAGGUGAAGCCUCUCCUGCAGGUGACACGCCAAGAGGAGGAGAUGAGUCUGAAGGACGAAGAGCUCCAAAGGGCCAAAGAAUCUGCACAAAAAUAUGAACUAGAACUAAAGGAUGUCACACUGAAACACUCACAGCUUGUGGAGGAAAGGAACCAGCUCCAGGAGAAGUUGCAGGCUGAGACGGAGCUCUACGCAGAGGCGGAGGAAAUGAGAGUACGGUUGGCCGGCAAGAAACAAGAACUUGAAGAGAUCUUGCAUGAGAUGGAGGCCAGGUUGGAGGAGGAGGAGGAUCGUGGUGCAGUCCUACAACUGGAAAAGAAGAAAAUGCAGGAACAGAUCAGGGACCUUGAGGAUCAUCUUGACGAAGAAGAGGAUGCUCGUCAGAAGCUGCAGUUGGAGAAGGUUACCUGUGAUGCCAAAAUCAAGAAGUUAGAGGAUGAUAUCCUGGUUAUGGAGGACCAGACCAACAAAUUGCUGAAGGAGAGAAAGCUUCUAGAGGAAAGGGUAGCUGAUUAUAGUUCAAAUCUGACUGAAGAGGAAGAAAAAUCCAAGAAUCUGACAAAGCUGAAGAAUAAGCAUGAGUCAAUGAUUUCUGAACUUGAGGUCCGCUUAAAGAAAGAAGAGAAGACUCGUCAGGAGCUGGAGAAAGCCAAGAGGAAGUUGGAGGGUGAAUCCAAUGACCUUCAAGAGCAGAUUGCUGACCUUCAAGCUCAGAUUGCUGAUCUGAAAGCCCAGCUUGCCAAGAAAGAGGAGGAACUCCAAGCUGCACUGGCACGACUUGAGGAUGAAAUAGCUCAGAAAAACAAUGCACUCAAGAAGAUCAGAGAGCUGGAAGGACACAUCUCAGAUCUACAGGAGGACCUGGAAUCAGAGCGUGUUGCCCGUAACAAGGCUGAAAAGACCAAGAGAGACUUGGGAGAAGAGCUCGAAGCUCUCAAGUCUGAGCUGGAGGACACACUGGACACCACAGCCACUCAGCAGGAGCUCAGGGCCAAGCGUGAACAGGAGGUGACUCUCCUGAAGAGAGCCAUGGAGGAAGAGAGCCGCGUCCAUGAGGCUCAGGUGCAAGAAAUGAGACAGAAACAUACUCAAGCCUUGGAGGAGCUUACAGAGCAGCUGGAGCAAUCCAAGAGGGUGAAGUCGAACCUGGAUAAAUCUAAGCAAUCUUUGGAGAAGGAGACGUCAGAACUCCAAGUGGAGAUCCGCUCUCUUACUCAGGCCAAACAGGAUGUGGAACAAAAAAGGAAGAAGGUAGAGGGACAGCUUGCUGACCUGCAGUCUCGUUUUAAUGACAGCGAGAAGCAGAAGGCAGAGCUUGGAGAUCGGGUCUCUAAAAUCACUGUGGAACUGGAGAGUGUUACCAACCUUCUCAAUGAAGCCGAGGGGAAGAACAUAAAGCUUAGCAAGGAUGUGGCUACUUUGAGUGCUCAAGUCCAAGAUACACAGGAGUUGCUGGCUGAAGAGACAAGACAAAAACUCCAAUUCUCUACCAAACUACGACAAAUGGAAGAUGACCGUAAUGCUAUACAGGAGCAGUUAGAGGAGGAAACAGAGGCAAAAAGGAACGUGGAGAGAAAUGUCUCGACAUUGAACAUGCAGAUCUCUGACUUUAAGAAGAAGCUUGAGGAGGUGUCAGGUAACGUAGAAUUUUUAGAGGAGGGUAAGAAGCGGCUGCAGAGAGACCUGGAGGCAGCCAAUACUCAGUUUGAGGAGAAGGUAGCAGCCUACGAUAAGCUUGAGAAGACCAAAAACAGACUGCAGCAGGAACUUGAGGACACACUGAUGGAUUUGGACAACCAGAGACAGCUGGUGUCCAACCUUGAGAAGAAGCAGAAGAAGUUUGAUCAGAUGCUUGCUGAAGAGAAGAGCAUCUCCAGUAAAUAUGCAGAUGAGAGAGAUCGUGCAGAGGCUGAAGCCAGAGAGAAGGAGACCAAGGCCCUUUCUUUAAACAGAGCUCUAGAAGAAGCACAAGAAGCCCGCGAGGAGCUUGAGAGGGCCAAUAAAGCCCUUCGCUUGGAGAUGGAGGAUCUGGUCAGCUCCAAAGAUGAUGUGGGCAAGAAUGUGCAUGAGCUUGAAAAGUCAAAGCGUGGCCUGGCUGCUCAGGUAGAAGAGAUGAAGACUCAGUUGGAAGAGCUAGAGGAUGAACUCCAGGCUGCAGAGGAUGCCAAGUUGCGUCUGGAGGUCAACAUGCAGGCUCUAAAGGCCCAGUUCGAGAGAGACCUCCAAGGCCGAGAUGAGCAAGGCGAGGAGAAAAAGAGGCAGUUGGUCAAACAGGUCCGUGAGCUGGAAACUGAACUUGAAGAUGAACGCAAGCAAAGGGCUUUAAUUGCUGCUACCAAGAAGAAACUGGAGGGAGAUAUGAAGGACCUUGAGGGCCAGAUUGAGACAUCCAACAAGGGACGAGACGAGGCCAUCAAGCAGCUCCGCAAGCUUCAGGCUCAAAUGAAGGACUUCCAAAGAGAGCUUGAUGAUGCUCAAGCUGCCAGGGAGGAAGUUCUGUCCAGCGCUAAGGAGAACGAGAAGAAGGCAAAGACUCUGGAGGCUGAACUUUUACAGCUGCAAGAGGACUUGGCAGCAGCUGAGAGGUCUAAAAAGCAAGCUGAAGCUGAGAGAGAUGAACUGGCUGAUGAGCUGGCCAGUAACACAUCUGGAAAGUCUGCUCUGGCUGACGAGAAGAGACGUCUAGAAGCCAAGAUCCUACAGCUUGAGGAAGAGCUGGAGGAGGAGCAAGGCAAUAUAGAGAUGCUGAAUGACAGACUGAGGAGGAGUGUACAGCAGGUUGACCAGCUUACCAACGAGCUCCAGGCCGAACGCACCACAUCCCAAAAAAAUGAGAGUGGCAGACAGUUGAUGGAGAGACAGAAUAAGGAGCUGAAGGCUAAACUGCAGGAGAUGGAGAACCAAGUCAAAUCCAAAUUUAAGUCCUCCAUUACUGCUCUGGAGGCCAAAGUGGCCCAAUUGAUGGAACAACUCGAGCAAGAGAGCAGAGACAAGCAGAACACAGCGAAGGCAGUGCGCCAAAAGGAUAAGAAGAUGAAAGAUUUGAUGACACAAGUGGAGGAUGAACGAAAACAAGCAGAGCAACACAAAGACCAGGCGGAUAAGGCGAAUGCUCGUGUGAAGCAGCUGAAGAGGCAGUUGGAAGAGAGCGAGGAAGAGUCCCAGCGAGUCACUGCCACCCGUAGGAAGCUUCAGAGAGAGCUGGAUGAGGCCACUGAGGCCAAUGAUGCCUUGAGCUGUGAGGUAGCUUCUCUCAAGAACAAACUCAGGAGAGGCAAUGAGCCAUCAUCCUUCAGCUGCACACCGAGGCGCACGGGAGGUGGUAGCCGACGGGGAAUGAUCGACAGCUCUGACGCUGCAGAAAAUGAUAUAGACAUGCAGAGUGACAACAACAGAGCCAAACCUAGUGAAUAGACAUCCCUUACCACACUGUCCAAACAUAUUAUUAUUCUUAUCUUAGUAAGACCUUCUUAUCAAAAAACCAAAUUUUUCAUAAUACUUUUUUAAGAAUUGUAGGUGAUUAUUUUGAUUAUAAUUAUGUUUAGUUUAUUGCCUGAAACCGAGCACUGCUGUUUGACCAGGCAUUUGACUGGUCAUGAUUUAAUAGUUUUGUUGAUGAAGCACAACCCUUUAAUAAGCCCAAUGAGUUUUACAUUAUCCUAGUCUUGGGGAAAAUAAAUACAAGAUCAUUGGUUUUGUAUUUGUAGAAUGUCUGCGGGUAAAUUGUUUUUCACUGUUUUGUACUGUGUAUUGUCCUUGACGUAUACGGCACAGUCUCAUUUGUUCAGAAUUGUAUCCCUGCCAUGUACAUAUAUGGAUCAGACAAGUUAGCAACACUUGAUCAGCAUUUUCUGAUAUGUUUUUCAGAACAGUAGAUUUAUUUUUCCAAUAUUGAACUGAUCCACCUGUUUCAGCUGUUAAUCAAGUGAUAGAGUUAAAACUGAAAACAGUGCCACCAAAAGAUUAGAACCACUGAUACACAGCCCUUUAUGUUUCCCAUGUCAUCACUGUCGUUACUGUAGACAUAAAACUCUUUAUCUUUGUGUUUGGAUGUAGAAGUUUGCACUACUUUUAGGCUCAAUAAUAGUCUAGAUUUAAAGGGACAGUUCACCCAAAAAUGAAAAUUCUCUCAUCAUUUACUCACCCUCAUGCCAUCCCAGAUGUGUAUGACUUUCUUUUCUUCUGCGGAAUACAAAAAGUCAGGUAUCUUGGAGAACCAACCAAUCUUCUAAAGCAUUUUACAUUCCCUUUUUACAUUCUCUCUGAAUGUUUGCUUCUUGUAUUAUGUUAUAAAGAAACUUUUUUUUUAAACAGACACAUAUAAUAGUUUUGAUUCUCCUGCAAAUAUUUUAGUAUUUUAAACAGACACUCAUGGUGAAAGCAAUUAAAAUCCAUCCUAUCAAAACAGGAAUUUUGAAUUAUAUAAAUAUAUAUGUACUGUAAAGCUUUUAUUUUUUUCAACAAUUUCACUUGUCACAAGUUUGCUUUAGCAAUAAUAUAUCACUUAUAUUUACUUUUAACUUGUGAAACCACAUGCACAUGAAAUAAAGUCGGAAAAAUGCU